UUACCCCACAUCAAUUGACAAAGUUAAAGUGGCAAAAGGCAUCAUUAGGGACUUCCCCCUCCUAUCGGAUGAUGGGAAAGGCAAGGGCCAUCUUGCGUGGUAUGAUCCUACAACUUGCAAGGGAUUUCUUGCAAAGAAGUUGGAGUACUUGAGAGUAAAACAUUUGAAGCCUGGAGAAAAACGUACAAGGAUCAAUGACAGAUCUGAAGGGUCCAGUAAUUCCUCGGCAACUCUUGACUCAUCCGACUCCUGUGGAGAAGAAAAUUCUCCAUCUGAAAAAGGCCAAAUCUCAUGAGAACUAUGAAAGCAUGGUCAAAAAGUUGGACAAGAUGGAGGCCACAUCUGGGAGCAAAAACGCCAUCAGCCAAUUAAUGAAAUGCACCUACUCGGAACGACGAAAAUGGAUGGAUCAACCUCCAGCAAACACAAGUGCCCGAAUUCUUGAAAAAUUCAUCCAUUUUUCAAGUUAUGGUGGUCUCAUGAUUUCUGAAGAGUUCCAAAGGCUUUAUCCAAAUUCUAUAGCUUUUGAUCUCUCUGACAUUGUUUCUGCUGUUUUACAACAUUCAAAAAACUCUAGACAGAAACUGUAUGAAGAGAGUGGCUGCCUUCAAUAUGACACACUACGGGCUCUGCAAUUGAUUUAUGAUGUACUUCCAACUGUCCCUGUUAAAAUGUCUAAAGAUAGAUCUCUCACGAAUGAUGAAACUAACAACAAGGUGUGGUUAGCGAAAAAGCCUUGUGCAGCUAUCGUUCAAAUAAUUCCUGCAAACACAGAUUUACAGGGCUACAAGAAUGUGCUGUUGCCUACAGAGCCACCUCCUAAGUCCAAAAGCAAACAACCCACAUUAGCUCCCGUCAUGAUAUGGCUCUCAGAUGAUCAUCUGUUUGGAGAAAUUUACCUGAACAUUGAUGGUCACUACAUUCACGUUGAGGCGGAUCCUUUAAUUGACCCUUUUCCAAAGGCGUUUGAUAUUUUCUUCAAACUAUAUUUUGUUUUCAAUGUUCACUAUCACCCUCAAUUGAAGAAUUCCUUCAAUUUCUUUGAAUACGUUUAUGGUCUGAAUGCGAAACCUAUUCCCAGUGUGCGAGCAUUGGUGGGUUCUAUCAGACAGAUUCAAGUUGAGUCUAAGAAUUAAAUUUUUAUUCAAUGUUGUUACUGUUCAAUUGUCCAUUGUUAUUGCUGCAUUUAUUGUGUUGGGAUUAAAUUUCAUACAAUGAAA